GAAAAGAUCUGUGUGGAUUAGCUUGGCCCUGCGCCUUACCCACUCCCAUCGCACCUCACAGGUAGUCGUCUCACAUACUUCCUCUUCCCGCCACCGCCGCUCGGACGGAGCAGGGAUACGGUAACCAUGGCUCACUCCGCAUUUCCAUAUCCCACACUCUGCUUCCACCCCGACUCUACCACAAAUCCUCGAUUCUUCCUGUCUCCACCCCCUCUCAAGCUUGUUAAAUUUUCAAGAACGCCCAAUGUUAAUGCGCCUGCGCCUGCCCCACCACUCUCCGCCGUAGCUACCGAACUCCCCGUCGUCGACGGGGCAACAAUUGCAGCGAUCGGCGGCGGUUCGGUUGCCGCGCUCGCUGCCGUUCUAUCUCUCACCGACCCGGAGAGACGUCGCCGCCUGCAGGCCGAAGAGGUGGGUGGUGGCGACAAGGAUGUGGUGAAGGAAUACUUCAACAAUUCGGGGUUUCAGAGGUGGAAGAAAAUAUAUGGAGAGACUGAUGAUGUGAACCGGGUGCAGCGAGACAUUAGGUUGGGUCACUCCAAGACGGUGGAGAAUGUGAUGGGCAUGUUGAAAGAUGAGGGCCCACUCACAGGAGUAACAGUCUGCGAUGCCGGCUGUGGAACCGGUAGCUUAUCCAUUCCGCUGGCCAAGGAAGGUGCCAUCGUCUUCGCCAGUGAUAUUUCUGCUGCUAUGGUCGCCGAGGCCCAAAACAAGGCAAAAGAAGAGGUUGCGGGAGGCGUGGUGCCAAAAUUUGAAGUGAAGGAUUUGGAGAGCUUGGAAGGGAAGUAUGAUACGGUAGUAUGUCUGGAUGUUUUGAUACACUAUCCCCAGAACAAGGCAGACGGCAUGAUUGCGCACCUUGCAUCCUUAGCUGAAAAGCGUUUGAUCAUAAGCUUUGCGCCCAAAACAUUUUACUAUGAUCUGCUGAAGAGGGUGGGAGAGUUGUUCCCCGGACCUUCCAAGGCAACCAGGGCAUAUCUGCACUCGGAGGCAGACGUGGAGACCGCGUUGCGGAGGGUUGGCUGGAAAAUUAGGAAGAGAGGUCUAGUCUCCACCCAGUUUUACUUUGCCACACUGGUUGAGGCAGUUCCUGCUUGACACGGACCUUCUUGCCUUGUAUUUCAGUUUUGAUUCUUCCUCUUCCUGUAUUACUCCCCCACCCCUUGUUGUAUCGUCGGAAUGCUCCCAAAGACCCCGAGACCCCAAAUGGAUGUAUCCAGAUGAAUUGGACUUUAUAUGAAUUGUUUUUAGUUAUUACAGUCUAGAGUCCUAUGCUUAAGUUUCCCACGAGGGAUUCUUUAAAGAACAUGAUAACAAUGCAAUGAAAUCAUCUUGUUGCUUCA